AUGUCUGCUGAAAAAGAUUUGCCAUCUGGAGCCUUAUCUCCUCACCCUUCCAGAACAACUUCUGAACAUUCCACACAGACCUUGCCAUCAGAGGGAGAAGAUAUUGACAUGGAGCUGCAAGAGGAGAGUCUGAAGGAUGAGCCUCCAUUCACCAAAGAGCAAGAGUCUCUGGAGGAGGAGGACUAUCCAGAAGAGGAAGAGUCUCUGGAGGAAGAUAAGUUUCUGGAAGGAGAAAGUUAUUGGAAAGGAAAAGAGGAUCUUUUUAAAGAAGAGGAUUUGAAGGAGGAAAUGCAUGGGGAAGAAAAAGAGCAUCCUUUUGAAAAGUAUCUGGAACAAAGUGAAUAUCUAGAAAGAAGAGACUAUCUAGAAAAGGAAAUAUGUCUGGGAGAUGGUAUCUGUACCAAGAAAAGCAUCAAAGAGUGGGCCGUCCGAACAAGAAUCAGAGAAAACCAGAGACAUCGCUGGGGGACAAUCCUGGCAGUGCCACCGAACAUGCUGGAUAGGUUCCACACCACUGUUAACUUGAAGCCCACAUGCUGUAAAUUCCUACACCUGAUUGGAAUGAUUUCUUCAUCCGCCGCCUCCUCGGCCACAGAGCCCCUGUGGCCGUGGAAGCAGGGCCGGUCGUCGUCCUCGUCCAUGUACACUGGCUGCUCCUGCGAAGUCACGAAAGUGGAAGGUUUAAAGAGAUGCUUAUUUAGCGGCUGGUUAAACGUCUCAGGUUUCGCGUCUUCACUCAGAAGAUCUGAGGACUGCUGUGGGAGCCUUCUGGACCAUCACUCAAGGGCAACACAGAGUACUAAGAAGGACUCUUCAUCCUUCUUAGGGUCCACAGGACUUUUUGGUCUAGCAGUUGCCACUGAAAUGGAGAAAGAUGAAAAUGAAGAUGAUGAAGAUGAAGACGAUGCCAUGGAUAUUUAUAAAAAGACCUUUUGGGAAUCCCUAAUGAAGGAGCAUAAUACUGACAAGGAGGAAGCCAAGGACUUUCAUGAGAAUUUUUUUAACAGUUCCUACCAGGCAGUGUUUAAUACAGUAAUCAAAGAAAUAGCUGCUCCCUAAGAAUUGGAAGAGGAUUUGGAUAUUCCCCUGUCUAAGUUGCUGGAAAGUGAAAACAGAAGGAAGCUGGGGAUCCUGUUGAAGAAAAAUUUUGAAAUAUUCAAAGAAACAAUACUGUUGAUAAUGAAGAGACGUGAGGGUCGAAAGACCACGUUCACAUUCCAUCUAUCAACUCAACCAAAAGAUGAGGAGGAGCCUACGGAAGAAGUCAAGGAAGAAGAAGAAGAAGAAGUCAAAAAAGAUCAUCAUCAUUCUAUUCACCCCCGCCCCCGUAAGAAAAUAGAACUAGACAAAGAAUGGAUGCAGAACAAGACAAAAGUACAUCAAGGUGAUGGAAAAUUAAUUCUCUACUCCAACAAGAUCAUCUUCCAAAUUCUCUUUCCUAAUGGGACAGGCCAGAUACACUAUCCAUCAGGAAACCUGGCUUUGCUCAUCUGCGGCACAGGUGUUAAAAAGUUCAUAUACAUCAUUCUGGAAGAUAAUGCAAAAAUGAGGGUUCGGGCCCUCAUCGACAGCUCUGGCCAUGCCACCUUCUAUGAUUAAAAUGAAGAUAUCUGGUUGAGCCUGAGCAGGAGCCUGGGCCACUACUUCCCCAAAGGCCAGCCCCAGAUGGUCUGGAACUGGUGGGAUCUGAGCUUCCAUGUCCAUGCACCCCCUAUCAAGUGUAUCUCCUUGAAAAUCAACCGGUACAUCCAGGUACAAAUAAGGAGCCAAGACCAGAUCAUCCUCUGCUUCUUCCAUGAACAGAAACGGCUUUGUUUAAACCUGGGCACUAAAGACAAGUUUAUAAACCCAGAGGUGCUGAGCAACAUGAAAAAGAGAGCAGUCCUGGAGGUAGUACCCGGCCCAACAACUCAGAAGAUCCAAAUCCUUCUGGGGAAAAUGAAUAGGAUCCUGAAUUUCCUGACCAUCCCCGAUUUGGAAAAGUUCAUCGAGGCCACCACAAGGUUGCAAGUGAAGCAGUGUUCACACCAGUGUGCCUCCGCUUCCCCAUGUCUCAAGUCUGACUUUAGGGCAGUCACCAAGCUGUCCCAGGCUUUAUCCAGCAACCACUGAAUGUCUUGGGCACGUGAGACCCCAGGAGCUUCAUGAAAAG